ACGUACGGGGCACAGAAGAGUGGGUGUGCACGGUGGUUUUCACACGCACACGUCUUUUUUUUCAUUAUAUAGCCUAUAUAAAUAAAUUAAAAAAAAAAAAAAAAAGCAAUCGGAUCGUCUCAGUUCGAUGCAACUGAGGAAGCCGCUGGUCAUGGAGAAACGCACAGAUCUGGCUUCGCUCUUCUGCCUGAUCGGCCGCCACGGUCCCGCCGUGGCUGCCGUGGCCGUGAUCGCGGUGGUGUCCGUGGUCGGGUUCAUCAUUUACCGGAGCGUGAAGGGGAAGCGGAGGAAGGCCGCAGCCGGGGAAGGCGAGGGCGGCCGCCGCGGAGCCGCGCCGCCRCUGGGCUCCGAGCCCCUGCGUGAGGGGGAGGAAACACGCGGCCGUGUGGAGUCAACAGAUCUGAGUGAAGAUGACUUGUUGGAUAUGAAAGUUGCCAAAAGAAGUCCCUACAAUCUCAGGAAUCGCCGUGCUGCUGCUCCUGAGAAGGAACUGGAGCCAGAAAACAGACCUGGCACUUCUCAUGUGUUGGGCUCUUCUGGUGCGGCUGAGAAUUGUGCUAAAACUGCCUGGACAGUGGAGGAUGUCUGCAAGCUGAAUUUACCAGAUGAGACUUCAGAAGACGCAGAGGAGGUUCGUGAUAGCUGCUUGAUGCCUGUCGUGACUUCUGCAAACCAUGAAAAUGAAGAGAAGGUGCCAAAAGCACAGGAAAUUGAGGUGACCGAAAUGCAGGUUUUGGAUAAGAAACCCAAAGAAAAAAAGUUGGUUCUGAACAGCCCAGUUUGCCAUGAAAAUACUCCAGCAAAUCAUAACCAAGAUGAUGCACAACAAAACCAAACGGAAGAGCCAAUCAUCUGUAUGGAUAAUGUAACCAUUUCAUGCAACGAUGACCAGACCAAAGARGUUUCUCACCCAGACCAUAUCCAGUCUUCUGAUGGCAGUGAUUCCCUGUCUUUAGCGAAGGACAUUGAAAGCAUGCCACAAAACAAAUCUGCACAUGAUCAACAGAUGGCAUUGGAGUGUGCGACUGGCUCCUCUCCAUCUGAGCAAACAAAAGUACCAUCUUCACUGCAGGGCAAGUGUGAGAAUAUGAUAUCAAGUGUUUAUGACGGCCCUUCAGAUGCUGACUGUAUUUCACUUAUUGAGGCGAUUGAAAAGGACACUGAUCUUAAAAAUCUUGUCACAGUCAGUCCAGAAAAAACAGAGAAUAACAAGCAAGAGCUGGAAUCUGAACUCACGACUGAUCCUCUCAGCAAUCAAGAGGAUGGUAUUAAGGGUGUAAUGCUGUCUUCCUCUGAAGAAUGUGACCGUUCAAGUGGAAUGCUCAACAUUGCUCCCCCAUGUCUGAGUCAGUUAGUUGAAUCAGAAACCAUGUGCCAUGAUCAAGAUCGUUAUGCUGCCAAAGCCAAUUUACAUGCUUUGGUGCCAGAGUUGGCUAAAGACGCUGGUGUUGAUGGUCCUAAAUUUGAACUUGRGAAUCUUCAGAGUGAGAAAAAUGAAACCAGCGUGGAUGUGGUGGUUCCUGAACAAAGUCUAGACCAUCUACUGUCCUCCUCCAGAGAUCCUGAGAAAAGUGCAGAGCUGGUUUGUUCUGACAUGCCWGUGUUUUCAAACGCAGAAAGUGAACAGGUGGUAAUUGCAGAUCUUUCAGAAGUUGCCACUGUUUCGGUCACAGACAUGGCUUUUGAUGAAAGUGAGCUGACGUGGUCUGUUUCUGGUGUUGGGGAGGAGAGUGGAAUUUCAAGCAUGACUGUCAGCCCAGAUUUGCCUGACAUCGAAUGUGACUUAACCCUCAACAAAGUGGAGCUUUCUUUAACUCAUUGGGAUCCAAAAUCUGAAGAGCGUGUUGAAGCUCAAAGCAAUUCCAUUGCUGAUAAAGCUCCAUUUGUCAGUAAUGAUCCUGCAGAAAUGGUACUCGAGUCUCAUCUUUCACAGCAAGCCCAUGGUGAGAACACUGAAGCAAAUUACGAGCUUUCUCCAACAAAACGGGACUCAUUGGGUCAUGAGAUUGAGGACAAUUUCAAACGAGAUGCAGACCAGUUGAGAGCACAGGUUACCAGUGAGGUCUGCUUAGUGGAAGAACUUAGGAAUGAGGUAGAAAACGAGCAGAAGGAAAGAGCAGAGAGAGAAGACAAAAUGACUGAAAUUAGUAUCAUGGAAGCAACUAUGGACACAAAUGAGUGGAUCACAGAUGGUAACCAUGAAGUUCUUCCCUGGAUGAACCUUUCCAUUUCAUCUCUUCCACAUAACGCACAGACUGGCCCAGUUUCCCCAGAACACAACCUCAGCUCUGCUUAUGAGCAUGCUCCUUGUGAGACUGCAGAUCCCCCUCUUUUGCCAGAAGUCAAUCAGUCCAGCAGUGUUGAGAAAAGCAAAGGAAGCGACAAAAAGGUUGUGGCAGUCCAACCCAUGCCUCAAAAUGUCAAUGUGACCUUCCGCAUCCACUAUCUUACCCACUCGCCGUACCAGAAGGUGGCCAUCACAGGAAACCAACAGGAGCUGGGAAACUGGAAGGGUUUCAUACCGCUUGAAAAAGCCAAGGACGGGCUUUGGUCUACUGUGGUCAACCUGCCUGCAGAAAGCCAUGUGGAGUGGAAGUUUGUGGUGGUUGACCGUGGUGAGGUGUGUCGCUGGGAAGAGUGUGGCAAUCGCCUCCUGGAUACAGGCUAUGCAGAAGAUCUUCUGGUGCACAAAUGGUGGGGGUUCUCGUAAGAAGACCUUUCGAAAGAUGACUGAGCUUUUUGGAUGGAGCUUUAGGACUUGGCCAGGUAACUCAAAGUUUAUUGGCUCACUUCAGUUUCUCCAGUUGGAAUAAUUGAGAUGACGAAUUAAAGUGUAGUGUAAAGUGGGCUAAAUAUGGUUAAAAGGUUUCUGCAUGUUGUAAUUGUUUAGUUCAGGUGAAAUUGUAUAAAUAUUUUAGUGGUGAAAUGAACAGGAUCUCACGAACUUAUCUUUUCAAGCAAACGAUUUUAUGACUUAAAAUAAAAUUUUAUAUUUCAGGGGGGAGAAAAUUGAGUUUACUAAAUAAGCAAAGCUGUUCAAGCCUGUUGGUGUUUCCUUUGAUGUACAAUAAUUACACUCUUGACCAUAUUUAACCCAGUUUAAUUCUAGAGUUACAAAACUAAGACCUCCAACGGGACAUGUGUCCAAUGAAACAACCUGACAUGUUUUGAAAGACAUUUCUGUUGCAGUUCUUCAGUGGGUGUAUCAAUACUUUAAAGACUGCAAAAUCUUUGUGGCUGUAUCUAAACUUAUGCAAACUACACCUCCAUAUGGGGGAUUUAAUGCAAGUGUUUGGCUUCAUUUCACUGCCCUUAUGCUGCUUGAAACAAUCUUAAGGAGAAAUGCACAAGGUUCACUUUUACUACAGCAAUAAUUAAAGCAAUAAUUGUUCUGUGUUGUGACUGGUCUUGUUUCAGGUUACCUAUUUACUAUUAAACAGAGCUGUAACUAGUGCUAUAUUGGAUUUAAUGUAUGCAAAACUGAUUCUUAAAUGUGCCUUUUUUAAAAAUGUCAGUGUUAGUAAUUUGUGUCACUUCAGUGAAUUUUCAUGUUCUAUGGUCUUAAAACGUAAUUGUUACUACUGAAUGUAUUUAAGUUGUUAAAAUUAAAUAAACUUUUCAAUCUUAC